AGUAAUCCCCCGCUGUCAUAGUGACAGAUCGCGAGAGAAACGAGCAGAUAAAUGCAAAAUAGGUUUUAGUGUUUAUCUGUUCAUUUAACUAGGAAAUAAUGGACAAUUCCGGGAAAGAAAAGGAGGCAAUUCAACUUAUGGCUGAAGCCGAUAAGAAAGUGAAGUCUUCCGGCUCUUUUUUAGGAGGAAUGUUUGGAGGAAAUAACAAAGUGGAAGAGGCAUGUGAGAUGUACGCCAGAGCAGCCAACAUGUUCAAAAUGGCCAAAAACUGGAGUGCUGCAGGCAAUGCUUUCUGUCAGGCGGCCAGACUUCACAUGCAGCUUCAGAAUAAACACGAUUCAGCCACCAGCUACAUCGAUGCGGGAAAUGCUUUCAAGAAGGCAGAUCCACAAGAGGCUAUCAAGUGCUUAAACGCAGCCAUUGAUAUUUACACAGACAUGGGAAGAUUCACCAUCGCAGCCAAGCAUCAUAUCACAAUCGCUGAGGUGUAUGAAUCAGAGCUGGUGGACAUUGAGAAGGCGAUUGCACAUUAUGAACAAGCUGCUGACUAUUACAAAGGAGAGGAAUCAAACAGCUCUGCAAACAAGUGUCUGCUGAAGGUGGCUUCAUACAGCGCUCAGUUAGAGCAGUACCCGAAAGCAAUAGAGAUUUAUGAGCAGGUUGGAACCAGCACCAUGGACAAUCCCCUACUGAAAUACAGCGCCAAAGAAUACUUCUUCAAAGCUUCCUUGUGCCACUUCAUCGUGGACGAGCUCAACGCAAAGCUCGCUGUUGGAAAGUAUGAAGAGAUGUUUCCAGCCUUCUCAGAUUCAAGAGAAUGCAAGCUUCUGAAGAAACUUCUAGAGGCACAUGAGGAGCAAAAUGCAGAGGCUUUCACAGAAGCGGUGAAGGAGUUUGACACCAUCUCACGCUUGGACCAGUGGCACACCACCAUGCUUCUGCGGAUCAAGAAGACCAUUCAGGGGGACGAGGGCGACCUAAAAUGAUCUGUACGGUGGGGCGAUCACUCACUGCAUGGCACCCUCCUUCUCCUCUUCCAGUUUUCAUCAGUUUUGUGCAAUGGCCAAGUCCAGGUUUCCCAAAACAGUAUGUUAAAAUGUAUUGCUACAGCAUUUCUAGAGAAUAUACUUAUAAGCCUGUACUGAUACAUUGAUAUCCAGUUUUAUAAUAUAGCACAUAUCAAAAUAUAGCUCCGGUUUCUCUGUUGCAUUACGAGGGUAUUUUUGGACAUAACAGAGUGAACCGGUUAAGGAGAGGGAAAUUCAAGAAUACAGUUUGAGAUAGUCCUCGAGUUCUUUUGCAAACGUUACUGAAUUGCAUCGUGCUAGCGCUGCAUGAAUUGUACAGAUAGAAUUAUUCAGUCAGUGCAGCAGCAUUGUGUAUUAUUAUUAUUAUUAUUAUUAUUAUUAUUAUUUUGUAGUCUGCUCACACUAGUUGGCACGCAGGCCUCGAAAUGCUUUUGUGCACAUUUAAUAACAUCAGACGUUCAUGCAGAAUGAGAAUUUCAGUUUCCCACAAUGCACCAUUUUGAAUUGGUAUUUAAGUGAUUACAUAAAUGUCUUGUCAUAUCCAAAUUUUAAAUAAUUUCUUAUUCAUUAUAUUAUUUAUAAUGUUACUUCUGGGUUGUUUUCUUAAAUGUAUAUUUAUUUAUUUCGUUAAAUUGUUAUUUGAACUGUUAGUCACAUAAUAUUAUUAAUUUUAUAAUAUUAUUAGUCUGAAAUAUUAUAAAUAUUAUUAGUCUAAUAAUAUUGUGUUAAAAAAAGUAAUUGAACUAAAUUUUACACUGUCUAUCAUCUCCAUUGGCACUGAAAUUGAUGUGUUUGUAAAAUCCUUGUAUAACUCUUAUUAAUAUUCUCAAAGUGUGUGUCGUGUUGUGAAUGCAUAGCUCAUGUACACUCUCCACUCCUGUGGUCUUUAGCAGCGUAUGUCAUUCUGUGUUCAAUGUGUUGUGACGUCUGUAUUUUACCAGAUUCUAGAGUUUUUAAGAAGCCAUGAAGAUGUACAGUACCAAACAAUGAGCUUUCCCACAGAGCCACCGAUGUCUUCGCUGAAUGUCUGUGAGAAUGUACAGAAAUAAAAACAAGUACUGAAAUGGCUACACAAUUUAGGCAAGUGAAAGUCUGCUAUAUUACCUGGUUAGUGGUGUUCUCUAUGCCAAGUAUCACUGUAAUUACAUUUUGGUGUGUAACUCCUGCACUGUUUGUGCUGCAGACUUUGACAAUAACUCAAAUAACGGUGUUUAAGAAAACAUAAAUAUAAGAAGUAUGUGGAAAUAUAUUCAAUUUAAUUUUGUAUGUAUGUAGAAUAUUUACAAAAUAAAUUUGCUGCCCAA